GGUGCCAUCAGCCUGAUAAACAAACCCAGAGGGCCUCAAAACUCUGCCUACAGAGUUUCAGCAGGGAAUAGUCUCAAAAUAGUUUUAGGGUGAAGGAUGAUUAACAGUGUCAGUCAGUCAAGCAGAGGGCCAGAUGAUCAAACAGGAAUAGAAUUUCAGUACAAAGCAAAGCAAAGAUGCUAUAUGUGCUGAUAGAAGCACAGAGGGCCUGGCUGGAUAAAGUGCAGAAAGACAAUGAGCUGGCCAAACAAGAGACUAGAAUUAUCUCAGAAGACAAAAAUGGCUUUGAAACUGAACAAUCUGGUCUGGGUGUUCUUAGGCCAUCCCUGACCAAAGGGCCUAUUUCUUUCCUCUGUCCAUGCCAAAUAAAUGAUUCUGAGUGGUUUACAUUGAGUCCACAGGAGAGAUUGGCUUGGGCAAAAGAAUCCAGAGACCCUAGGAUUUCAGAAGGUCAGCAGUCUCCAUUGGAGAAAAAGAUCCUGAGUUUUGGUGGUGUGCGUACAACAGCAGCAAGACACUUCGUAACUCAGAAAUGCCACGAGGAGAGCAGAGCACUCUGCCAGGAGCAGGCGCACUCUCUCGACUACUGGCUGGCGAAAGCAGAGUCCUAUUAUAACAAGAAAAUAACGGACUUGAUGAAAAAAGACACAGGUGGUGAAACAAAGACAAAAGUGGAAGAGGAACCACCUCCACCACCACCACCACCACCACGCACAGAGAGACAGAAACAGCAUUAUUGGGUGUCUGAGAGAGAGAAGAAGCAAAUAGAAAGGCACAUUCAUAGAACAGGCCAGGCCAGAGAAUUUAAGGACAAACCCUGGAGAGAGAGAGAGCAACGACUCUUUAGUGAAACAACACUACCCAAAAUUGUGCUAGAGAAGGAAAGCAUUCCGAAAGAACAGAAAAAAAGGCAGACACUUGAGAGAAAACUGCUCCAAAUUAAAGAUCACCGGGAGCGCAUGAUUCGAGGGAGGGAACUUCUACAACAAAGGCUCGAAGAACGAAUCUUGAGAAAAAGCCUGAGCCAGAUCCCGCUUCCUGAGAAACGCGAUCGAAAUCCAGUGAAGAAACAGAGAAAAGAGUUUGAGAAGGUAGUUGCAUACCCACUUUUCCAGCCAUCCAAUACCAGUCGGAUUAAAGUAGAUAUUCUUAUGGAAAAAUCUCAGGAUGAGGAGGACUUGAGCACAAUUAUAAAACCUUUUGGAAGGAAAUUCUUAGCUGUACCACCCUUUUUGAGAACUCAAAUAGGAAAAAUAAAGGAUAUGUAAAGUUUCAGAGCUUUGCUGACAGAA